CGAUACGAUUUCCUUUGCUUAGCGGAAUGAUGCACAUCUCCGCCAAGCGAGGAACUUUGUGGCCUUAAAGUUUCUCGAAAUAUAUUUCUUCUUUCCGCACCCUUCUUCACUUUCACCACUACAACAACAAUAACUGCAAGCUGCCAACAUGGUCCGACACAAGAAGGAUGGAUUCUCUUCACGAGGAGGCAAGAAAUACAGCAAUGCGCCUCGACCUCGAGGUCCACGAAACGGCGACGAAGACCGCGAACACCCCGCAUCUCGCCCCUCCUUCAAAGCAGCAUGCUGGGAUUUGGGACAUUGCGAUCCAAAACGAUGCUCUGGGAAGAAGCUGAUGAAGAAUGGACUUAUGCGCGAGCUUCAUAUUGGACAGAAACACUCCGGGGUCAUCAUCAGCCCGAAUGCGAAGCAAACGAUAUCGCCUGCCGAUCGAGAGCUUAUGGAACAAUACGGAGCUGCGGUAGUAGAGUGUUCUUGGGCGAGAGUCAAGGAAGUACCGUGGCCGAAGAUUGGGGGCAAAUGCGAGAGAUUGCUACCAUACCUGGUGGCUGCCAAUAGUGUCAACUAUGGCAAGCCGUGGAGGCUCAAUUGUGUCGAGGCACUGGGAGCGGCUUUCUACAUCUGCGGACAUCCUGAAUGGGCUGAGGAGGUUCUGUCACAUUUCUCAUACGGAGAAACUUUCUUGGAAAUCAAUUCCUCCAUUUUGAAGAGGUAUGCUGCUUGCAAGGACGAGGCAGGUAUCAAGCAGACCGAAGAAGCUUGGAUGGCACGACUGGAGAAGGAAUACGCAGACAGCAGAGCAGAAGGAGAUAAUGGACCUGAAGAUAUGUGGAAGGGUGGAAAUUCGAAUCAUCGUAUGCCUGUGAGCUCUGAAGACGAGGACGAGGACGAUGAGGCCGAAGAAGGAAGUGGUGACGAGGUGGAAGGAAUAUAUCUUGGCAAGAAUCCACCAAAGCCAGUCGAAGAGGAGCCAGAAGAGGAGAAAGAUCCAUUCGAUAUCUCAGAAGAUGAAGACGACGAAGAAGAAAUGGCAGAACUUCGACGACGUGUCCUUGCAUCGAAACCUUUCUCGAAUCCAUCAGAUACCGGGCAAAAGAAACAACCAGACAAGAUUUCGCGACCUGUUCCACUGAAAGAGGAUUCUGAUGUCGAGCCUGAUUCGGACAAUGGGGAUGAUGAUGAAUUUGACAACAUCAUCAAUGCUACGCCAUUGACAGACAGAACCGGUAUACAGGCAAAGCAGAGAGAGAAGACUGGAGAACCUCUUGCGAGUGCAGUCUUUUCGAGGACGAUUGUUGGCGCACCAAAGAAAUGGUAACAAAUAAAACAAAAGCAACCAACAGAGCAUUGGAUAAGCAAUCAUCUAACAUAUUUGCCUCUGAUCACCAGCUAUUCGCAGCCAAUACUCGAGUCUGAGCAUACGCGAGUGCGAGAUCAAAGCUUAUUGGAGUCACAUAACAUAUUCAACGAGCAAAGCUUUUUCCAAUUUACCCACACCUUCUUGCAAGUAUC